AAACGGACCCAUCAUGGCGCUGGCGUGAGGCGCGCAUGCGCGGCGCUCCGGCCCGUCCAGGGGCGAGGCCGGGAGCGCGAGGGGCCGCGGCGGGGCGUGCGAUCCGCGCACCCCGACUGCGGAGUGUCCCUCGCCAUGACUACAUCUGAAUAUAUUCCAGCUUAUCUGAUGGUACAUCUAAACCAGUUUGUCACUUCACAGGUUAAGAAACAUGGAGAUCUCCAAGAAGAUUUGGAGAGGAAUACCAGUAGUUAUUAAAAGUUUGGGCAAGAUCUACCAGAAAAGGUAGAUGGACUAUAAAGCACUUGCCCAACAAACUUCCCAAGAACUUUUAGGUUACAGUCAAGAAACAACAGGCUGGAAAGUGGUGAAAACUUCAAAAAAGAUAACCGUUUACAGCAAGGCUUCUAGAAAAUUCCAUGGAAAUAUAUAUCGUGUUGAAGGAGUGAUUCCAGAAUCAGCAACUAAACUAUCUGAUUUCCUCUACAAACCUGAAAAUAGAGUGACAUGGGAUAAAUCAUUGAAAAUGUACAAUAUGAUACACAAGAUUGAUUCGGACACAUUCAUAUGUCAUACCAUUACACAAAGUUUCGCUAUGGGUUCAAUAUCGCCUCGAGACUUCAUUGACGUAGUAAACAUCAGACAUUCUGAAGGAAAUAUAGAUAUUAUCAGCUCUACUAGUGUGGAUUUUCCAGCAUAUCCUCCAUCUUCAAAUUACAUACGUGGUUAUAACCAUGGUUGCGGCUACAUAUGUUCACCUCUGCAAGAGAAUCCACAACAUUCUAAAUUAGUGAUGUUUGUCCAGACAGAUAUGAAAGGAAAAUUGUCCCCCUCAAUAAUCGAAGCAGCCAUGCCUUCCAACUUAAUAAACUUUAUGAUCAAUGCAAAAGAUGAACUAAAGAUACAAAAAACUUCAGGACGUGGAUAUCAUUCUCCUGGUCAUUCUUCACUCAAGAAAUGAGGACAAUUCACAGUAAAAUUACAUGUGGUGUUAACUGCAGUUUACUUCUAAGUCAAUAUGCAUAGAUAUUAUUAAACUAUUCUAGGCAGUA